AUGGGGGCUAAAACCAUGAAUAUGAUCCUUGCUAUAGCAGUUGCAGUGUUCAUGCUACAUGGAACAGACGCUGCAGAAUACACAGUAGGAGACAAACUGGGUUGGACCAUUCCACCGGGUGGCGCCGCCACGUAUGCUGCAUGGGCUGCCGAGCAUAGCUUGGUAGUAAACGACUUUCUAAUCUUUAACUUUGCAGUAGGAGAACAAGACUUGGCUUUGGUGACCAAGGAGGAUUUUGAUGCGUGCAACACCGCGGAACCCUUAAUUGUGUUCAAGGAACCAGGAGAAUUUCAAUUUCUAAAAGAGGGCACCUUCUAUUUGACCUGCACCUUCGCCGGCCAUUGCGCCAAAGGCCAAAAGAUUGCCCUUUACUUCGCUCCAGCUCCAAGUCCAAGUCCAGCUCCAAGUCCAAGUCAAAGUCAAAGUCAAAGUCAAAGCGCUGAUGAUGCUGAUGAACAAUAUGCUGCCACAGUCAAAUUUGUGUCCAAGAAAGAAUAUGGCUUCAAGAAAAUAAUACCUGCAGCGAUCAAAUCUCUCUAG